GUUCGGUGUUUGUAGACGCUCCCUAAGGCUUCUCCCAUAUACGGGACGCUGCUGAGAGACCGUCUAUAAAUUGCGCCGCCGAGGCUGGAACGCGCACUCGCUCCUCGUCAGACGCCGAGACCGACGCCGACCCGACGCUCCCGCAGGAUGUCCAUCAGUAAGAUUCACGCUCGUGAGAUCCUCGACUCCAGAGGAAACCCCACCGUGGAGGUGGAUCUGUACACUGCUAAAGGACGUUUCCGGGCAGCUGUUCCCAGCGGCGCUUCCACUGGAGUUCACGAGGCUCUGGAGCUCCGAGACGGAGACAAGACACGCUACCUGGGCAAAGGUACCCAGAAGGCUGUGGACCAUGUGAACAAAGAGAUCGCUCCCAAACUGAUUGAGAAGAAGUUCAGCGUCGUGGAGCAGGAGAAGAUCGACAAGUUCAUGCUGGAACUCGAUGGAACGGAGAACAAAUCUAAGUUUGGUGCUAAUGCGAUCCUGGGUGUGAGUCUGGCCGUGUGUAAGGCAGGCGCGGCUGAGAAGGGCGUUCCUCUGUACCGCCACAUCGCCGACCUCGCCGGGAACAAAGACGUGAUCCUGCCGGUUCCUGCCUUCAACGUCAUCAACGGCGGCUCUCACGCCGGGAACAAGCUGGCCAUGCAGGAGUUCAUGAUCCUGCCGGUCGGAGCCAAGAACUUCCACGAGGCCAUGAGGAUCGGCGCCGAGGUCUACCACAACCUCAAGAACGUCAUCAAGGCCAAAUACGGCAAAGACGCCACCAACGUGGGAGACGAGGGCGGAUUCGCACCCAACAUCCUCGAGAACAACGAGGCUCUGGAGCUGCUGAAAUCUGCCAUCGAGAAGGCCGGCUAUCCUGACAAGAUCAUCAUCGGGAUGGACGUCGCCGCGUCCGAGUUCUUCAAGAAUGGCAAAUACGAUCUGGACUUCAAGUCACCCGACGACCCGAAGCGCCACAUCACCGGAGAUCAGCUGGGAGACUUAUACAAGAGCUUCAUCAAGAACUACCCCGUCCAGUCCAUCGAGGAUCCAUUUGACCAGGAUGACUGGGAGAACUGGAGCAAGUUCACGGGCUCAGUGGACAUCCAGGUGGUGGGAGACGAUCUGACCGUCACCAACCCCAAACGCAUCCAGCAGGCAUGUGAGAAGAAGGCCUGCAACUGCCUGCUGCUGAAGGUCAAUCAGAUCGGCUCCGUCACCGAGUCCAUCCAGGCUUGUAAGCUGGCUCAGUCUAACGGUUGGGGUGUGAUGGUCAGCCAUCGCUCCGGUGAGACGGAGGACACCUUCAUCGCUGACCUGGUGGUCGGUCUCUGCACAGGGCAGAUCAAGACCGGCGCCCCCUGCAGAUCAGAGCGCUUGGCAAAGUACAACCAGCUGAUGAGGAUCGAGGAGGAGCUCGGAGACAAGGCCAAGUUCGCAGGCAAAGACUUCCGCCACCCCAAACUCUGAAGCCUCCAGCAUCAUCCAGCAGUACUGCAGCAGCUCUGAUGUACUUUUUUUGAAAUAAGACGUAAAUAAAACAAUGGAAAGAAA